CGCAAAGUCUUCCCGGAAAUUUGUGCAAUUGUUUGUCGAAUUUUCAUACCGGAGUAGCUGGUUGUCCCUCCAACUUCACGCAAAAUUUAUUACAUGCAUCCAUCCAGCCGGACACAGAGACAUGAACGUGUUGAGUCUUAUAGAUGCGGAUUCUUGUGGCUAAAGACGUGUUAUAGAACUAUUUGGUUGGGCACAGGAACUACUAUCAAUAAACUGUACAGCUGUAUUAGAAAUAGUACUGGGUCCACACAAUACAAUUUAGGUGGCUCAUUCACAUCAAAUAAAGUCAAUCUGAUUACGAACAGUAAAACCUGUCCAGCUAAAUUCAUACCACAGCGCAUUGUCAAUGAUAUUGAUGUUUAUUUCAGUGAUCAAAUUGUAUAUUCAUCUAUAAUCCCAAAAUUUGGUAGUAUGUUUUCAUGUCAAACAAAACACACGACACUUAAUGACGAUGAUAUGUGUCCAAAAGGAUUUAAUGCUAUUCCAAUGGGUGUAAUUGAAAGUAACUGUAUCUUGUAUGUAUGUUUACAAUUGCGAACUCAGACCUUACAAUUGAGAGCAAUAUCUCUACCACCAUAUUUUAAUUUGCUUAAACAGAUUAACAUGACAUUACCAAUCACGAAUGAUACUAAAGCUACCAAUAACGAUGAUUUAGCUCUGCCAACAAUUAGAAUGACUCCAAGAAUAAUUUAUCAAGAUCCGAAAUAG